AACAAAUGCAUAUUUCCCAGUUGACGCCGGGCAGGCAAGAAGACACGUUGCCUCUUUGAGUGAGCGGACCUUAGGACUUUCAGGAGUGUCAUGAGGAGGAGAUUGGAAUUCAUAUGGCUGAGUUGACUCAGACCGAGGUUUUCUCUCCCAGAACUCAGCAAGCAUGGAGGGCACUCUUGUGCUGGCUUGCCUUCUUCUUCCAGAUCUUCUUUCAGAUUAUUAGAGCCCUCGCUCACUACCCUUUACUCUCUUUUUCGUCUUCUUCAUCUUCUUCCCCUUCCUUCAAGCCUUUACCCUCAGUUGAGCUUCAGGAGCAGCAUGAUUUGCCGUCGGAUUCCGCCCUUGAUAUCGCGACAACUGAUUAUUCCAGCACUGACGAUCAACCCCUUCCAAAACUCACGGUAGUGCUAGACCUGGAUGAAACCCUUGUAUGUGCAUAUGAGACGUCAAGUUUGCCGUCUGCAGUUCGUGCUCAGGCAACUGAAGCUGGUUUAAAUUUGUUUGAGCUGGAAUGCGUUACUCCAGACAAGGAUGGAGAAGGAAAACCAAAAAUCAAUUAUGUGACAGUCUUUGAACGCCCUGGGUUGAAAGAAUUCUUAAAGCAACUUAGUGAAUUUGCUGACUUGGUGCUGUUUACUGCUGGUCUUGAAGGUUAUGCGAGACCACUUGUUGACAAAAUUGACAUGGAAAACUGGUUUAGUCUGCGCCUUUACCGGCCCUCAACAAUUAGCACGGAAUAUCGGGAACAUGUCAAAGAUCUAUCCUGCAUAUCAAAUGAUCUAUGCCGUAUUGUUAUUGUUGAUAAUAAUCCCUUCAGCUUCUUGUUACAACCACUGAAUGGAAUUCCUUGCAUUUCAUUUUCUGCUGGCCAGCCUUAUGACACGCAGCUUCUGGAUGUCAUUCUUCCUAUUCUCAAGCAUCUCUCUGAGCAGAAAGAUGUGAGACCUGUCCUCUACGAAAAGUUCCACAUGCCUGAAUGGUUUCAAAAGCAAGGCAUUCCGACUUCCUGCUGGACAUCUUAGGAUUAUAGCUGUUCGCAAUCAUUAAACUGUUUUUAAUUCUUAGUUAUAUUGUUCCAGGAGUGGCCUAUGAUUGGUAUUUGAUCCACUGGUGUGUAAUGCUGCAUCUUGAAGCUGAAACAGCUGGCCACUCGUGUAUUUAUGUUACUAAGUUUCUGUUUCCCAUGUAACUUUGUUUAUAGGAUUGCGAUCUAGUGGAAUACAUCUUGUCACUCACUCUCUUGUAAAAUAAUCUCGAAAAGAUGUCUUCUCGUUA